AUGAGGACGGACCGGCUACGUGACGCCUUCGGACCGCAAGCGACGCUCUCUCAGGGCGGCUACACGCUGAUUGUUAAAGGAGUUCCUAUCAAGGCACUACAAGACCGAGACAACGAGACCGCGACGAAGGCGAUUGCAGCAGAGAAUAAGGUCGAAGUCAUCCGCCUUAAAGCGCGUAGAGCAAAGGGCGCCGGAGCGACGAAGACGACCCUCAUACUCACAGUAGACGGGGUAAAUGCGGCGAACAAGAUUUGCGAUCAGGGACUGCUUCUUCAGUCCGAACUUUUCAACUCAGAACCCUACGACGACUCGCUUGACCCAAAACAGUGCUUCCGCUGCUACCAGAUGGGUCACCUUGCCCGCUACUGUGAAGCGAAGCCGACGUGUGGACGGUGCGGCACUGACCCGCACCCAGACAACGAGUGCCCGGCCGCCCUAGGCCAAUCUCCCCAUAAGUGUCCCCUUUGCGGCGGCGCACACCCAGCGUGGGACCGCCGCUGCAAUAAGACUAAAGAGCACUGGGAUAGAGCGCGUAAGGCCUACGCCUUUAGAGCGAGGCGGUUCGAAAGCCGCGGCCGCGUCCCGACGCCGCGCCCUCGGCCACCCGAGCUGACGACUCGCUACUGCCGCCCCACCCCAAACGACCUCGACCAGCCUCAGCCGCCCCUCGACCAAGACCGCACGCGUGCGGGGCCAAUCGGCACUCUCGGCUUCUACGCCCCGCACGCCGCCGACGUCAUUGCAAUCCAAGAGCCGGCUAAGAACGCUAAGACUGGCCAUCCAAUAUGCCCGAGCAGGAGCAGCUACCGUCUUGUCUUUACUGCCGGCCGCGCGGCGCUUUAUGUCCACAAACGGGGGCACGACAUCGGGUCGUGGACCAGCGACGGAGGCGUCGACUGGUGCAGCGUCACCUUCACUAAGCCCAACACCACAAUCUUCUCCGUCUAUUCCCCGAUCUAUGUUAGGGAGCCUAAACAGAGCCCGCUUCCCGCUCUCGCAUCGAGCACGCCGUGCUGUAGAGCCGCCUUCGUCGGAGACUUCAACAUCCACCACCCGCUCUGGGACAUCCAUAACCGAACGUCGGACAACUGCGACGACAUACUAGAGCUGGCGAGCCGAUGGAAUCUUGCGCUCGCCACGCCCGAAGGCGAAAUCACUCGUCUUGGUGGGCCGGAACACAUCCCGCAACUCCUACAACUUGACGUUGGACCGCCUCCGCCCCGCUUACGGCUCCGAGGACUUCCAAUAAACUGGCGCCUACUUGAACCCAAACGUGCCCGCGCGGAGGCGACGACGCGUUUCAGGCCCUCGAUCGCCCCUUCCGCACCGCAAUCCCCUGAAGAAAUUGACGAUUAUGCCGACUGGCUGGUCAACCAACUGACAGAAAUCGCCUAUCGCGCUGCGCCCAAGGUCCGCGAUCGAGCUGAUGGAGGCAGGGAAGAGUGGUGGACCCGCGAUGUUGAAAACGCCACCCAGGCGGCUAAGCAGGCCGAGAGGCUCUACUUAAGAACCAGGAACCCGGCCCACUGGGAAGCGCGACGCGACGCCACGAAAGGCAUCUGGGCCUUGGAGCGAUGGGCCAGACUUAGAAGCACCCAACCACCUGCACCAUUACGCCUCCCCGACCUCUCACGAGUAGAAGGCGACCCAACCCCAGUUCGCACGCGCGCCGACAAAACCAGAGUGUUGACCGAAAGAUUCUUCCCGACACCCUCGGCCGCCCAUCCCGACGCUACCGGGGGCCCCGCCCGCGAGCCGGUUACGAUCAGCAACCACUUCUCCCUCGUGGAGGUCGAGCAAGUCAUCAAACGGACGGCACCAUGGAAGGCGGCGGGGGAAGAUGCUGCGCUCUCGGGUAUUUCCCAGAGCGCUUUCGCCGCGCAGACGUGGCAGCUGGCGCCCAAUCUCCCUCCUCAGCACGGUGGGCAAGAUAAUAGAGGCGACGAUCGCACGGCGGCUCGCCGAUACUGCGGAGACGCAUCUACUGCUCCCCGAGGGACAGAUGGGCAAUCGGCCUAG